AUGGAAGUAAACAGAAGACUAUUCUUCGAUCAAAACGCGACGAUUAUCGUCGCAUCUUCUCCAACCGUGCGAGAGAGCGUGUGUUCUGGUGGUAACGGUUCGUUCCAGGACCGUUUGAAAGCAUCCUUACGAGAUGGGCACGUCGUCGAUAAUUUAAGAAACGUUCCGAUUCGAAACAAUCAAAACGACGGUCAAGUGUCGCACUAUUUGUCCAGCGCGCGAUUGAACGUGAUUGGCUUUAACGAAGGGAAGGUGAAGAGGAAAGAAGAGGUGUGCGAGCAAAUGAACCAAGUGAGAAAAAGGACGUUAAGGGAGCUGGAGAGUAGUGGUAAGGAGAGUUCGCACGGUACGUUCGAUUUGGCGUCGAUCGAGCGCGACGAAACGUUGUUGGACGUUGUUUUUCGAGAAGAGCGUAACGAAGACGCCGUGUUACACUCGAGAAAGGCGUUUGAGAACCAUUACGACGGUUUGCAAGAUUCGAUUCGAUAUCAUAAUUUAAACCCGAGCGAUUAUCCAGUCGCGGUUAUAUGCGUCUGCUCGGCAAGCGAGCCUGAACCGCAAAAUCAGUUGGAGUUGAUGUUGCGCGAGACGAUGCAAAACGCACCGUGUUUUGUCAAGCAAAGAGCGGACGUGGACGUCGUUCGGCACUUUGUGGUUUUGCAAGACGCGAAGGAAGGAGGUGGAGAAGGAAACACGAGCAAAUUGCAACCCAUGGAUGACAACGAAGUUGAAAUAUUCAGAGCGAGAAACGAGACGCACGAGCGAGCGCUUAUGGACGUUAAACGGAAAUUUUCAGAGCAAAAAGUGAGCGCAUUGACGAUAAAUUUUAGCGACAGCGAAUUUGAAAAAAUUGUGUUGAAUGCUUUCAUGAGGAGGUUGACGGAAAGAGUCAUCGCACCGCACAUGGAACGAUUGUUGUACGGAUUAAACGCUAUGAUUUUCAACACCAGGAAAGGAUUUAAGAACCAAUUCAAAUCGUUUUGGGGGAGGAACGUGGUCGGGACGAGUAGCAGCGGGAGCGGUACGACCGCGGUACCGAUUCCUCCGUUAGCGAAUUCCUCGCCUUCGCACUCUCGAGAAGGCAGCGAUACCAAUCUCUCAGCCGUUGGUCCGAGCACUACUUCGUAUACGGUCUCUAAGCAAGACGUGUACUCGUCGCAAGAAUCACAAAUUCGAAAAGCCGCAGAUUUAAGCUUAUUUUUAGGCGACAUCGAUAACGCGAUCGCGAGUUAUAAACUUGUUGGGUCGGAUUAUAAAGCGGAGAAGAACUGGAAGAGUUGCGCUUUGGCUUACGAAGCGUCUGGAAUCGCUUUGACUAUAAAGGCGGACGAUAUUAGAAAGAAUAGUAAUAGUAGCGGGACUUUGGCGAGUCCGAUGAAGAGUAGCGGUAGCGGUAGUAAUUUAGGCUCUGGAGGAAACGACGAAGCGAUGCGUAAAGAAGCGGACGCGGCGUUUGAGUACGCGCUUUCGUGUUACGCGAAAGUCAAAAAACAAAGAGACGAAUAUCUCACCGCAGCAGCGGGAGGAAUCACCCCAGCUUCGUUGGAUGUAGAUUCGUUCAAUUACAUAGACGAAAUGAUGGUUUUGUGUUCUAUUCGCAGGGCGGUUUCGCUCAUCGCGAGUGGUAAAUUUCGUGAAGCGGCGACAACGUUCGCUAAAGAAGCCGCAAACUUUGGCGGUAUCGACGAUUUGCAAUCCGCGCUGUUGCUCGAGCGUGCCUCGAGAAAUUUCUUAGAGAUUGACGCUUCGAGAACGCUGACGAGGAAAGUUCCAAAAUCGCUACCUUGGAUGAGGAAACACGCGUUUCAUGCCGCGUUGGCUGGUCACGGAUACGCGCGCGUAAACGCGCGACGCGCGGCGGCGAGGUGUUACGCUUUAUCUUUAGCAUCCUUAGGAUAUGAAAAUACCUGGCACAAGUGUCGAGAGCACUGCUUGUUUUCGCUCGCUCGAUUAGCCGCGCACGAUGGGAACAACGCAGACGCGGUUCGAUAUUUUCAACGAUUACUCGGGAGUAGCGACGGUCGGAAGAACGAGUUUGGUAGCAACGAUCGCAUACAUGCCAGUCGAACGGAAACUACACAGAGAACGUAUUUGAGAGAAUAUUUACACGUCGUGUCGAGUUAUUUGAACGGAGACAAAUCUUCUCAUAUAUCAUGUGAUGUCGUUUCGGCGCCAUUGCCGGAGGUGGACGUGAGCACCGUUUUCGUCUCAUUCGUCAACGAUGAAGAUCAGAACUCUGGGGUGAUUGAUAAGACGAGGGCGACACCGAUGACGUUACCAACAACACCGACGGACCAAAACGCAUCGUUGUCUUCUCCGGGACUCGAACGACAGAUGUCGAACGGCGCGAGUCCCGGUUUUCUCAAACAUACGGCGCGAUCAAAGAUUGCGUUUGGCGACGUGUCUUGGAAAUCUAUCGAGGAAAAAUCUGGCGUCGUUCCAAACUUACAAGGCGGUGCGAAUAACGCUUCCAGCAAUUGGCUCGAUGGUGGUAGCAGUAAAGCAUCAAAGGAACAGCGUUCAGUAACCGCGAAAGAUGAAGUCGUUUUCAUCACGGCGAAGCUCUCGAAUCCUUUGAGAAUACCGAUUACUUUGCACAACGUUUCCUUGGAGUGGGAAUUUUCGGACCAAUCGGAUAUAAAAGAUGUGACAAACGACGCAGUCGCGUGUGAAACCAUCGCUCUGCUCGAACUGCAACCAAACGAAAAAAGUGAAAUAACUUUACGCGUGACGCCGAAGAAGCCGGGCGUUUUACGUGUCGUUGGCGUAAAGUGGACUUUAGAAAAUACGGCGCUCGGCAAAGCUACGUUUGACAUUAAAGCGCCGUUGUCCAGGCGGGACACGGCAAAGGAGAAAGCGACCAAGGUUCGUAAGAUUUGGGUGCGAGAUAUCCCGGAGGAAUCGCGGUUAGUUUUUGAUAUUGUCGAUACCGUGCCAAGACUUGAGGCGUCCUUUGAGAGCAGCGAGGGGAGUUUAGCGAACGCCUCAUCAGCUGUGGCGCUCGAUGGGUCCAUCUCAAAAGUCAACGUGAUCAUUCGAAACGUGAGCGACGCGACUGCGCGACACGUCCGCAUCCGUUUACCUUCCAAUGCGUUUACACCGUGCGAGAAUGAUAUGCACCGCGUUGUAAGUAAUAAAAGUAAACAAUACGGGAACGUAUUCGCUGUCAGUGAUUCGAUUCAACCGAAAGAACACGUUUGUAUAUCGUGUUGGUUCCACCCGGCUCGUCUAUCGCCGAAAGAUUUUGAAGCUUUGGAUAGUGCGCUGUUAUCGUCGGAAGGUGCGAAUGAUCCAUACUUCGACGACGACGACGACAACGACGAUAACAACGACAGUGAAAAUAGUAACAACGCUCGGAUGAUGAACUCGGGCAACGCGACGACGCAGGAAUCGCGCGCCCUGGUGUGUUAUCAACCAGAACCGCCGGCGCCUAAACUUUUGAGGUAUCGGUUGGCGAAGCUUUCGAAGCGGUACGUGACGAAGCGAUCGAUUAUGUUAACGAUGAAAGUCGUCCCAUCUCCUUCAUCUGUGAACGAAUCGAUUUGUACGUUGAGAGCGAUCAACUGUUCGAGCACGCAAACGUUCGAACUGACCUCGAUUUUCGCCGCCAGGAGAAAGACGACGACGACGAGUCUUUCUCCUCGGGAGGCGGAGGAUCCGGCGGUUGAAUUUUUGAAAACGACGAAACUAUUCUCGAACGCGUGUUUUCGAGGCGAUGGAAAACUUUUAAAUCCCGGGAAAACGAUCGACGUGACGUUCAAGUUGUCUCGCGGUGAUAUAAAUACGAACGGCGAUAGUAACGGUAACGAUAAAAAGGAUCUUAUCCUCGACGGUGAGGAGGAUAAAAGCGAAGAAUACAAAUCCAUCUCGAGAACGCUGUGCGCUCCAACUUCGCGCAAGAUGUGCGUCAGCUUGCAAUGGAAAACGCACUCGGCAGGUGUUGGAGAUGGAGCUUUCAACGGCUCUUCUCGAUGUUUCGCAACCGAUAUCUGGAAAAAUUCAAACGAUUCACCGGCGGAGAUGGACGAGGAUGAAAACGCUGUUGCUACAAAUUUCGAGUUUUAUUCGCAAACCAGCGUUUCAGCCGCGGCGAAGAUCUCGGAUGCGAAAACAUUUCCAAACGGCGUGGUUUCGCUUCCUUCGCCUCAAAAGACCAAAAUUGUCCCGGUAACAAUCACGUGUUUCAAUGGAAGCCGUGAACGCGUGGACGUGACGUUCGACGCCACCGAUAUGAACGAAGACGAAGAAAACAACUCGGCGAGGAACGCGUGGACGACCGCGACUGAUAUCGCCUCGUCGUUGACGCGACUCGACAUCAACAAAGAACAAGAAGACAGUAAUAAUAAUAGCACCACUCAGCAGCAGCAGCAGCACCUGAAAAAGGUACUCCUUCGCGAAAAGGGUACACUCUCGCCUUUCGUAUGGAUCCGCGAAACUCGGAAAACCAUCAGACGCGUUCCUCCGGGCGCGUCGGUUACCUUUGACGCCUCGUUAUUGGUGUUCAAACCGGGCGCGUUUCGCGUGGACAAUUUCAAGGUACACUUUGUGCCUUCAUCAUCUUCAAAAGCAGACGAUGAUAUCGAGGACGAUAUCGAGGACGAGAGUAUCGAGGACAACAUAACGCGUACCGCGAGAAGACUCGCUCCGUGCGCCGGCUUCUCCUUAUUCGUCGUCGGGUGA